AUGAAUAUUCUCAAAGUGAUACUGUUUAUGUUUGUGAUGAGUGUGGUGUUGCAGGUUGCUUAUGGACAACACCAUAUCAGAUGCCUUCCAAAAGAGAGGGAAGCACUCCUUCAAUUCAAGGCUGCCAUUGUUGAUGACUUCGGCAUGCUCUCAUCUUGGACCACUUCCGACUGUUGCCAAUGGGAGGGGGUUCGCUGCACCAACCUCACCGCGCAUAUUAUAAGCCUCCACCUUCCUGCAGAGUAUGAAUCUAUAUCUGGGCGUUACAUCAGCGGAGAGAUCCACAAGUCGCUAAUGGAGUUGCGACAGUUACAGUAUUUGAACCUCAGUUUCAAUGAUUUUCGAGACACUAAUAUUGAGUUUCUUGGCUCUCUUACCAACUUGAGAUAUCUUGAUCUCUCUUCAUGUGGUUUUAGCGGACAAAUUCCAACUCAGAUAAGUUCUCUUUCUCAUUUGAAAUAUUUGAAUCUUGCUCUUAAUUAUCAUUUGAAUGGUUCAAUCCCUCGUGAACUUGGAAAUCUCUCUCGGUUGGAGUAUCUUGAUCUCAGUGGCAAUUCUUUUGAGGGAAGUCUGCGAUCUCAGAUUGGAAAUCUCUCUCGGCUGCAGUAUCUUGAUCUCAGCUACAAUUAUUUUGAAGGAUACAUUCCUUCCCAACUAGGAAACCUUUCAAAUUUGCAUCAACUCUAUCUUGGAGGAACAUAUAAUGGUGCUCUCAAAAUUGUCACUAGUGAUCAAUGGUUAUCUAAUCUUAAUUCUUUAACCCAUCUUUACUUGGAUUCCAUAUCUAAUUUUAACAAUUCUNCUAGUUGGCUUCGAACUAUUGCCAAGCUACCAAAACUAAGAGAACUGAGUUUAAUUGAAUGUGGCCUUUCCGAUCAUUUCCUCCUUUCAUUCAACCCUUCCAACUUCAAUUUUUCUACUUCCCUUUCUGUCCUUGAUCUUUCUAGUAACUCCUUCACACAACCCAUGGUAUUCCAGUGGGUGUCAAACACCACUUCACUACAAGAGUUGAGUUUGAGAAACAAUAAAAUCAAAGGCUCCUUAGCUGACCUUUCAGUGUUCUCAUCUUUAAAGAUAUUGGAUCUUUCUAGCAAUCAAUUGACGGGGAAGAUACCUGAAGGCAUUAGAUUGCCAUCUCAUUUGGAGAAGUUGUCAAUUAGAUCUAACUCUUUAGAAGGUGGUGUUCCAAAAUCAUUUGGGAGCAUAUGUACUUUGGAGUUAUUGGAUUUAUCUUCCAAUAAGUUGAGUGAAGAUCUUACGGUCAUAUUUAAUCAUUUGUCUGGAUGUUCUAGAUACUCACUACAAGAGUUGAGUUUGGCAUACAAUGAAAUCAGAGGCUCCAUACCUGACCUUUCAGCAUUUUCAAAUUUAAAAACGUUGUAUCUUGAUGAUAAUCAAUUGAGUGGGAAGAUACCUGAAGGCACUAGAUUACCAUCUCAUUUGGAGCAGUUGUUAAUUAGGUCUAACUCUUUAGAAGGUGGUGUUCCUAAAUCAUUUUGGAGCACAUGUACUUUGGAGUUAUUGGAUUUAUCUUCCAAUAAGUUGAGUGAAGAUCUCACAGUGAAGUUUAAUCAUUUGUCUGGAUGUUCUACAUACUCAUUGCGAGAACUAUAUCUUGGUCGAAAUAAAUUCAAUGGCACAUUACCUGACUUUUCAAUAUUUUCAAAGUUGGAAACGUUGGAUAUAUCAGAAAAUCGAUUGGAUGGAGUUCCAAAAUUACUUUACAAUGGUAAUGUUUUGCGUACAUUGAACCUAUUUAAUAAUAGUUUUAGUGAAAACCUUCCAACAAUAAUGCAUCAUUUAUCCUCAUCAUUGCAAAGUUUAAAUCUAGGCAUGAAUCAAAUUAGUGGUACUUUGCCUAGCAACCUCGCAACAAUGUUCCCAUCAUUAAAAGAAUUGUACCUUGAUAGUAACAGGCUAAAUGGGACAAUUUCUGAAGAUCUUCGAUUUCCACCAGAACUUGAGGUAUUAUCCAUGAUGUCAAACUCUUUGAAAGGUGUGUUAAGUGACUCUCAUCUUUAUAAUAUGACAAAGUUAAAGAGCUUGAUAUUGUCAGAUAACUCAUUGACGUUAGAAGUUACUCAAAAUUGGGCUUCAACUCUUCAAUUGGAUAGUAUUAAAUUGAGGUCUUGCAAGCUUGGUCCAUUGUUUCCCAAAUGGCUAGAGAAACAAAACAAAUUUCAAGACCUUGACAUUUCAAAUAGUGGAAUAUCAGGUACCGUUCCAAAAUGGUUUUGGACCAAAUUUGGAUUCUCAAGUUGGAUGAGUAUUAAUAUUUCAUGUAAUAAUUUACAAGGUACGAUUCCAAAUUUACCAUUAGAGAAUAAAUAUUAUUCUCUUAGUCUGGCAUCAAAUCAAUUUGAAGGUCAUGUUCCACCAUUUUUACGAGGCUCAAUAGUUCUUGAUCUAUCAAACAAUAAAUUUUCAAAUUCUUCUUGGUUUUUAUGCUCUAGUGGUGCAGUUGAUAAUUCAUACAAUUUAGACCUUUCAAAUAAUAAUUUUUAUGGACAAAUUCCAGACUGUUGGACCCAUUUUAAGUCAUUGGCUUACUUAAAUAUGAGUCAGAACAAGUUUUCAGGAGAGAUUCCUUCUUCAAUGGGAUCACUUCUUGAACUUCAAGUUUUGUUAUUGAGAAGCAAUAAUUUAACAGGUAAAAUCCCUUCCAUCUUGAAGAAUUGCACACAGUUGGUGAUGGUAGACAUAGCAGAAAAUAGAUUAUCAGGAUCUAUCCCCAAUUGGAUCGGGAACGAAUUAUCACAGUUGCAAUUUUUAAGCUUAAGAAGCAACUAUUUCCGUGGGAGUUUACCGUUACAAAUUUGUUAUCUAAAAAGCAUUCAACUCUUAGAUCUCUCUCAAAACAACCUAUCUGGAGAAAUUCCUACAUGCAUAAACAAUUUUUCCUUAAUGGCUCAAAUGACUUCUUUGACACAUUAUCAACGUCAACUUUAUUAUACCUUAGAUGGCUAUUCAUAUGAAUUCAAGGCAAUCUUGAUGUGGAAAGGUUCAGAACAAAUGUUCACAAACACGGGAUUGUCACUUUUAAAAAGCAUUGAUCUCUCCAACAAUCAAUUAUCAGGAGAAAUUCCAAAAGAAAUAGAGGGUUUAUUUGGAUUGGUGUCAUUGAAUUUAUCAAGAAACCUAUUGAAAAGGGAAAUUCCUUCAAAUGUUGGAAAGUUAACAUCACUUGAAUUUCUUGAUUUGUCACAAAACCAACUUGUUGGUUCUAUUCCUUCAAGUCUCGCUCAAAUUGAUCGACUCACUAUGUUAGAUUUGUCACAUAAUUAUUUAUCUGGAAAAAUUCCAACUGGCACACAAUUACAGAGUUUUGAUGCAUCGAAAUAUGAAG